GCUGCUGGAGCCUAAGAGCCUGUCUGUGUGUCUGUGUGUGCUGGGACUGUCGAAUCUUGUCAGUGCAAGAAGCCUUUGGGAUCUAGUGGAUCUAACUGACACUUCGUGAGAAAAGAAGGAUCAACUCCCAGAAUCAGGAAUGGUGAAUAACCGGACAUCAGAAAGCACCACGUCGGUCACCAGUAAUACUUCCCCUCCCAAAGCCUGCGCCGGCUGUGGGGGGAAAAUUGCCGACAGGUUCCUUCUGUAUUCCAUGGAUCGUUAUUGGCACACUCGGUGCCUGAAGUGUUCCUGCUGCCAGGCUCAGCUGGGGGAAAUUGGCACUUCAUGUUACACAAAAAGCGGGAUGAUCCUGUGCAGAAACGACUAUAUCCGGUUAUUUGGGAGCAGCGGGGCAUGCAGUGCAUGUGGACAGUCCAUCCCAGCCAGUGAAAUGGUGAUGAGGGCACAGGGCAGUGUAUACCACCUGAAGUGUUUCACAUGUGCCACAUGCAGGAACAGACUCGUGCCAGGAGACAGAUUUCACUACGUCAAUGGCACCAUCUUCUGUGAACAUGACCGGCCUUCCGGUUUACUGAAUGGACACUUAAACAGUCUUCAGAGCAACCCACUUCAGAGUAGCCCCAUGCUGCCUGACCAGAAAGUUUGCUAAGGAAGUGCAAUCUGUACAUCCUCUGUGCCAUAUGUUCAUAAUUCAUCAGAGACACAUUGUUGGCAUAUAUAAAAAAACCUUUAAAUAUUAUAUACAUAAAUAUAUAUUUUCCUCCUUUUAAGUUUAAGCAACGUACGGUGUUGGCACACGUCCUUUCUUCCUGACACGGACUAUAUACAAACUGGAGGAGGAUAAAAACUUGUAAAUAAACUGUAAAUAAAACUAUUUUGCAAAGUACAGCCUAAAACUUUUUGGACAAAAAAAAA